CAGGUAAUAUUACAAGAAUUAUUAUCUAAUUAAUUAAAUCGUUUUAAAUAUGACUUCGAAUACGGGCGGUGUAGUAGUUCCCCGAAAUUUUCGCCUAUUAGAAGAGUUAGAACAAGGGCAAAGAGGUGUUGGCGAUGGUACCAUCAGCUGGGGUCUAGAAAACGAUGAUGAUAUGACUUUAACGCAUUGGACCGGUAUGAUAAUUGGGCCUCCUAGGACGCCGUACGAAAAUAAGAUGUAUAGUUUAAAAAUUGAAUGCGGUCAACGUUAUCCGGAUGAAGCACCAAGUGCCAAAUUCAUCACUAAAAUCAAUAUGAACUGUGUUAACGGAGCUACCGGUGUUGUGGAUAAUAGACAUGUCCCUGUGUUAGCCAGAUGGCAUCGUGAUUACACCAUUAAAACCGUCUUACAAGAAUUAAGAAGAUUGAUGACCCUCAAGGAUAAUAUGAAGCUUUCACAGCCUCCAGAAGGAAGCGUUUAUUGAUUGUAAAUAUAUCUACUUAAUCUUUACGUUUACACAUAGUCUAAUGAAGAAAAAGAAAAAAAGAGAAUAUUGUUUGUAUCUCAGCAAUAAUACUGUACUGUGCGUGUAUAUACAAUAAGUUGUUUUCAUUAUCCAUUAUCUAUUCGAUCACUUACGAGAGUGCUUCUUCGUCGUUGAAAAUCAUGCGUAAUUUUAAUCGUUUGUUUGGCAAUGUUUUCAGAUUAAACCCGUUAGUUUAUUCGAUUCUAUCUACUACUGAACCAGUUAAAAAUGAUUUAAUUGUACGUGAAACCUGUUCAAAAUCGUAUUUCUGAUUGUUCGAGCAAUAUCUUUAUCUAUUUUUUAAACCUAUUUUGAAACACUCGGAAUUCUUUCUUCUUUCGGUAAAACGUCUUUAUUUAGAUAAUUAGCAAUUUUAUAUAAUUAUAUGUGUUUUUGUAUAUUUAAAGUGCUUUUGUUGACGAAAGCGUGUAUCGGAAACUUUACAGUGUAAAGUAUUGUAAUGCUCUAUGUUUCGAUUCGUUGCUGAAAUUUUGAUAGUAAUUUUACUUUGUGCAAAUAUGUGAUGGUAUUUUCCGGCGUACGUACGUAUAUAUAUUGGAAUCACUGUUACAUAUUCGUCAACCUGUAGCUUAAUUACAAUGCGUACGUUUUAAUCAAUCCUCAUUAAUUACCCACGAUUAUCGAAGGUUUUUCUAUUUUACAGUAAUUUUUAUUUAUUAACUAACGGUAUUCAUCUUUUGAUUUCAAGAUCAUUCAAGUUUUAUUCUCUUGUAUAUAAUAUGAAUGAAUAUUUUAAUUUCUUUUUUUUUUUUACAUUAGGAUAAUCCUAGGCUUACCGUAAUUAUAAGUUUAUUUGGUUUAUUUGGAUAUAUUUGCGAAUAUAAUGGUUCACCGUAA